ACGAGAUCGAACUAGAGUCAGUGUGUCAAUCAAAGGCAGAGAGAUUGAUAGUUUUACAGAACUACCGCCUGCAUACGACUCCGAUGUAAUGGGAACGAAGUGAGCCAGCAUCUCAGACUCGACAUACUAGCGCUUGGAUGCGAAGCGAAAAUGAUGUUGCGCUCCUUGGAUUUUAAUCAGCACUACGAAAGUGCUGUCUCGAAUGCCGUGGAGGCACAGUUUGAUGCCUUACAACUUCCAAGCAGCUGCAGCCAAAAAUUUUUGCAGAGAAGAAGUGAGAUCCCCUCGGCGCCUGCAUGGACAAUACGACUGCGUCAUGGUACCACGACGAGUUUCGCAGCCGUCAAGACACCGAUCUACGACUUUUUGUAUAAGGUUAAAGGUAACUUCAACGGACCAGCGGGAGACCAUACGCCUCCGGAGGACAUUCUGACACAAAGGGGGAAGGACGACAGCGAGACGAUCGACAAAGAGUGGGCGCGGGUCCAUUGGUGCGAAGAUAAGAUAAAGGAGCUCGAGUGCGCGAAACACCAGCACCACGUAGACGAUCUGCACAAAAAGUUGGAGGAGGAUUCCGCAGGGGAUAAUCCGGACUUGUGGUCGACGGUCGACACUCCACAUUUAAAGGAUCUCGGAAAGGAUCUCGGCUCGGAGGCUCCUUUUAUCAAGCAAUGCGGUCCAUUUCUCCACUGUGCGUCAGAGAAGAUGAAAGGUAAAGUGUGUGCAGUGCAGUUUUGCUUCUUAGCGUACGCAGAUGAUUGACCUAUAGACAUUCUGAGUCGCAGGAGGUUGUUGAUUGUAUGCGCUCGCUCGCCUCGGCCUCGCCUCGCAGGAGGUCGUUGAUAAACCAGCUCGCUACGUAAGGGCGCAAAACUACAACAGCUAGCAUUCCUGACAAGCCAACGGGUAACGACGAGAAGCCCGACAACUUUUUUUUCGAGAACAUCCACGUAGGCUGGCCCGCUGAAAUGCCGGUUCCCGUCCGCGGUAGGAUUGAUUUCAGGAACAACGAAGUGGUAGCAGCGCUCGGUGAUACCAAACUACCCCCGCCGCCACCACCGCCAGAGCCGUUUGUGAUCAACAAGACGCCGCAUCAUUGGAUAGUCAAGAAAACAAAGAAAAAGCCCACCUUCGACUGGGGGCGGUUUCAGUUCUGGGACGAAUGAUGACUACUUCUUUACGUUUUUUUGUGGUGAAUAGUCUUGUCCCCGGCCUCCGCUCCCGCACCCGCUCCGCGUGAGGUUCGUUGAAUAUAGUUCUGAAAUACAAAAGCACACAGCGACGUUCCCAAGUUUCAUAGCGAAAAAAUGUUGAGUAAUUUGAUUUUGAAAAUGGUGAUGCUGGUGGACGACAUGCUCCGG